ACGUGACAGCGCGGCAGUGUGGAGACCGCUGUGUUGACUGGUGCUGCAUGUUGUCGGUGCCGCCGAGCUGUUGUCUACUCUCCCCGGUCAGAAAGUCUACAACUCGCGUGGAGAAAUGGUAGCGAAGGUCGCACACAGUCUGUUGAUCAUUGAUUCCAUGCGCUAGCCGCUCGCCGCGGUGUUUUUGAGUAAGAGAUCCAGCUACGCCCUUAGCAAGCUCCUUACGUUGAAGGGGCCGAGCCGCGCACCAGUUGCCUUCGGUGGAAAGAGCAGUUUGACCCGAAGACCUCCCAACAGCAAACAUGCCUCUCUUCGGGAAGAAGAAGUUCGAUGAACGCUCCAGCGAGAUGACGAGAAGGUUCAUGUUUAAGGAGACACUUGGAACGGGAGCCUUCUCGGAGGUACUGCUCGCCGAAGACCGAGAGACUCACGCCAUGGUCGCGGUGAAAUGCAUCGACAAGAAAGCCUUAAAGGGCAAGGAAGAGACCUUAGAGAACGAAAUACAAAUCUUGAGAAGGGUGAAGCAUCCAAAUAUCGUCCAUUUGCACGAGAUUAUCGACAGCAAGUCCCAUCUGUACUUGGUAAUGGAGCUAGUUACAGGAGGGGAGUUGUUUGACAGGAUAGUGGAGAAAGGCAGCUACUCUGAGAAGGACGCCAGUAGUCUAGUCAGACAAAUCCUAGAUGCCAUAGCCUAUCUACAUGACCAAGGAGUGGUGCACAGGGACCUCAAGCCAGAGAACCUUCUGUACUAUUCCCCAGAUGAGGACUCCAAGAUCAUGAUCAGUGAUUUUGGUCUGUCCAAGAUGGAGCAAGAGGGAGUCAUGUCUACUGCCUGUGGAACUCCAGGAUAUGUUGCUCCAGAAGUGUUAGCACAAAGGCCUUAUGGAAAGGAAGUGGAUUGCUGGUCCAUUGGUGUCAUAUCUUACAUCUUGUUGUGUGGGUACCCCCCAUUCUAUGAUGAGGAUGACACGCAGCUCUUCAAACAGAUCAUUAAAGGAGAGUUUGAGUAUGAUGCGCCCUACUGGGAUGACAUCUCAGAUUCAGCCAAAGAUUUCAUCAACAACCUGCUAGAAAUAGAUGUAAAGAAGAGGUAUAACUGCAGCCAAGCCAUAUCACACCCCUGGAUCUCAGGUAACACAGCUCGAGACAAGGACAUCCACCAGUCUGUCAGUGCACAGAUGAAGAAAAACUUUGCCAAGAAGAAGUGGAGGCAAGCAUUCAAUGCCACAGCAGUGGUGAGACACAUGAGGAAGCUGCAGCUGAGUUCCCAGGAGAGCAGGGCGGCGGCAGGGCAGACGACAGAGACACAGGAAGGACAGCCUGCCGCGCCCUAACAUGGAAAACUCUGCAGGUGUCAUACCUACAAUGUCACCUUCCCUUCAGUAGGACUCUUCCAUGUAGAGAAUACAGGCAGGGGUGGACCAAAAAAUUUCCUACCCACAUUCCACUAUAAAGGGUACAUUUUUCUUUUGAUGAACAGUCAUCUUUUAUUUUGUUGACUUCAUCAUCCAUUUAGAGAAUGUUGUGAUGAACAUUUCUACCAAAAAGGCUGAUGAAGCUCAGACUUACAAUUCAUUCAUCCACAGAUCAUAUAGCAUGGUAUAGAUAUAAUUAAUAUUUAGAGACAUGAAUCAACUUCCAGAAGUGAUUUUGAUUCAAGAAUUUGUGAUCUUAAGCUUUCCAAAUCAUAUUUUUAGUGCUGAAUUGUGUCAUUCUGUUCAGGCCAAAAUAAUGAGAAUCAUUUCUGUUGUCAAUCAAAAGAAGUUUUGACAAUCAUAAUAUUGCUGCAGAGUAAUUUUUGUGCUACUUUAUGUGUGUGUUUCAAACAAUCAUAGAUAAUAGAUUUGGGCAAAGGAUCCUGAUAAAAGAUUGGAACAGUGAAAAUGGACUGCACAAAUGACAGGCAUUGGCAUUGAAUGAUCCUUCCCUUAUUUUAGAAGAAGACACAAAUACUUGAAUUUUUUCUGUAAAUAUUUGUUUGGUUUAAAUGAUGGUGUCUUUUACAUUCAAUGUUUUCAUUAAUUGACAUUAGAACUUCAUUGUUGCUAAGAUUUAUAUGCUAAUCAUUGAUAAUUUUGUGUUUGCUUUCAAGUAUUAAAACAAGAAAAUACCAAAGUGUAUGUAUGAGUAUCCUUAAGAAACUUGCAUUGGUGUACAAAAGUGUACUUCACUAAACAGGGUGUAGUUUUUUUGUAAUGUUGUCAUAGAUGUUCCUAAAAUGGUAAUUAGUCUCUAUAAUAUACAUACAUCAAGUACAUGUACAUGUAAGGAUGUUGGAUUUUGGUACAGAAAAUGCUACGAUGAACUACCUGUUGGCAGUUGUAUUGCUAAAUUCCACAUGCAUACUGUGUAUUUUCGAUGAUGUACUGACAUUAUUCCUGUAGAAAAUGUGUUCCUAUUUUCAAACAAAGAAAACUGAGUCAGUUUAAAGUUAAGAUAUUUAAUCAUACAUACUGUAAAUGCAGAAAUAUUUGCGGUGGUUUUAUGUUUGCGGUUUUUGCAAGGCAGUCUUACCGCGAACUUGAAACCACCGCAAACAUUUUUCCAUUACAGUUUGUGACUUGCACAGUUUAUGGCACUACUGCAAACUUAAAAACACUCCACUUUCCCGCUAAUGCGAAAUUAAAUCACUGCGAUCUUAAACGCAUUUACAGUUACAUUGAACCAAAGUUUGGGUAUGACAGAGCUACCACAGUAAUGCCAUCUAGCAGUGGUAAUUGGAAAUGCAGACUCUAAAGGAUUACAUCACCUCUGCCACUACACACAAUGAACUUCAGUUUAGAGCCUGACUGUCUGGGAUGUUGCUACAUAAGAAUCUUUCCAUAGAUGGUACAAAACAGCUCAUUUUCAGAUAACUGCUCAAUAGUGUAGUUGACUGCUUUCAUACACAUGUACAUGUAUGGCUACUGUGAAACUUGCCUCUAUCUUGUUACGAUAGGAGAUAUUUUGGCUAAGCCUUAUACAGUCAUGUAUCUAAGGGACUGUUUGCAUCAUGUACA